GGAUAACUCCCACGAGUUCUUUUCCAGGACACCUCCCCACAUAGGAAGAGGACUUUUCAUAGACGGGGAUUCGCCGACCAAGUUGGACAGAGAGGUCCUGCUGGCCCUAAUGGGCGUCGACAUCGACCCGCAGAAGUUUCCCAGCAUCCACAAGUGGAAGAGCACAAUGACGUCGUACGCCGCAUCGGACAUGCAGGGCUGGCCCAGUCCUGUGGUGGUCAAACCACAACUCAGGAUGCAUCAUCAUCACCACCACCAGGCUCACAGCUCACCCGUCAGCGACCUGAUGUCCCCCAGUGGUCGCUUCAGUCCAGCUCGGCACGCCGCCUCACCGGACUUCAGUCCCACUCGCUACAGCCCGGCCAACACUAGCUACAUCGAGCGCAUUCGCCUCAUGCACUUAAGUGAGCAACCGUAGUAACUGCCCCCAAAACCUGCCCCUCCCCCGUCUACUGCCACUGCAGCCAUGACCCUCCCUCCUCGCCCUCACCACCACCCCCUAGCUGACAGUGAGGUAACUGCGGCCGGAGCUCAUCGACGACAUACCUAACAGAAAUAUGCACAAGUGUCUGAAAGAUUUGUAUUAAAGAUGUUUGGUACUACUACAACAACUACUACUACUAUUACUACUACUUCUACUACUACUACGCUGUUACACAGGAGUACUACAUCACAUCACGCCGUGAUGUCGAUGUCUCAUUGUUGAUGUACCGUGCGUAUCCGUGCAGAGCGACAUGCCUGCGGUCGGAAGUUUUUCGCUAAUUCUGACUCAGUUCAACUCAACAAACUCCCUGACCUCUGACCUUUGCUCGUUUGGAUGACAACCAUGUUCCGUCAACUGAACAAGGAGUUCAAAUGUCAACGUUUAAAUAGGUAAAAAAAAAAAGAAUUAAUAAUAAUAAUAUUUUUGUCUGGUAGUCAGUAGCACAAAACGAAACCUGUUUGUAUUAACGAUGGCGCGAGAGCAGACGGUCACUUCCUGUUUUCUCCGUUCGUGAACGUGUCGAGUCUGUGUGUGCGCGCGUAAAAAGACGACAUCGUCCCGUCUCCGUUCGUCUCCACGUCCCUCAGACACCAACGGCGGCUGUGGACUUAAUUCAAAUGCGAGUCCAACCACGAAUGCCUCCUCCCUAGCGCCCCCUAGCUUUUUGGCUAAGAACCUUUUUUUUUUCAAACCGACUUUCACUUCCAUAGUCCAGUUGAACACACACUGCUCCUCAGACUGGACACCAAUGAUCACCACUCCCCCACCCCCAAAUGUACAGUAUAUAAAACUGUGUCCACUGUUUCCACGGUUACCUACCAGCAGAGGGAGCCACUCUGUGGAAAGAAAAGCCAGGGUUUUUAUGAGAUGAGACGGCACAAAAGUUUCUUCACGGCGAAUGUCUCCGGCGUGUCUCAGCUGGACUCGUCCUCAGGUCACUGCAGUUUCCUGUGGCGCUUUCUGCCCCGGUGGCGUUCCUCCACCAUUACAUCCAGAUCACAGAGACUCCGACUCCCAGCAACUCGUCUGUUGUUUUUUGGCAGCCUCCUUCAGGUGUGGUGCUUCCACCUUCUCAGUCCUGUCCUCCGUGUCCUCCUCCUCCAUCCAGACCCCAGGGUCUCCUAUGGUCUCGGUGUUUUCUGAUGCUUUUUCUUGGCUGUUGCAAAUUUUAUUAAAAACAAUUUUUCAGGAGUUUUUACUCAGUGACUGUGAAGAAUCAAAAGAUCAUUGUUAACGUUCAAAAUGUUCCAGACUUCCUGGUUUUUGGAUUCCAGUUUGAAUUCAAAAGUGGUAUUUAGCGCCCUCUGCAGGAAUUUGUAUGAAAUUAAAUGACCGCCAAACAGAUGAGCGUUAUCGGAGAAAUAUCGAGGACGAUCUUCUGUUUCUUUACAGUUACUUUAAAAAAACGUCUGAAAAAAAAAAUGGGAAAGGAGUUGACGUGUACACCUGCUCCAGUUCACCUCCUGUCCUUUGGGUGGUGCUGCUGUUCUUUUCUCUCAGUCAUAUUUUAGCUAAGUGAUAGUUUAAAAAAAAAAAGACGACGAACUUGUGUACGUGGCUGAUCUUAAAUGUCAGUAUUUGUGGAUGAAGUGAGGGAUCGACAGUGACGUCACAACCAGGCCAGUCAUUUCCGCCCCACUCGACUCUGAACCACGUGUUUUGAAUGUAAUCUUUUUGUGAACAAAACCUUUCUACGGGAGAAUAAACUACUUGGUUGAAACCAU